CAAAAGUCUAAAGGUGAACGAAGAUUAACAAUGGUCUAUGGAACGAAAAAUAGAUAAAUAAGGCUGAAUUGGAUAUAUAUUUAAAGCCCGAUCCCCCUAAAACCCAUCAGCAGACCAGCAUCCAUCAAGUAAAUUCAACACCAAAAAAAUCUGCCUAUAUUAAAAAGUGGCAACGAUUUGGCUUCCAUCCACAGAUAAAGAAAAGAGAAGAGAAAAAUGAAAAAGAUAAUUUUGAAGAGAAGCCGUAAAAAUACAGAUCUUCCAUCACACCGUUCUCCUUCACCACCGCUGAAAAUAAUUAAUGAUGGGACAUCAACAUCAACAGAACAUGAUAAUUCUGCAAAUAGAAUUGAUGAAGAUUCUCAUCCAAGCUGUGUGUCCAUCUCUCCAUCAGAAGAAAGCAAUGACUGGAUAGCAGUAACUUGCUUCAAUAACAGAGUGUUUGCAGGGAGAUUAGAGAACAAGGAAAAUAGUAAGAAUCUUAAAACUUUUUUUAAGCAUAAGGAAACAUUAGUUCAAAAUAAAAUUAUGGAGUACUUAUCAUUACAUACCUCAAUUAAAAUUUCACUAGGUUUAAAAUGUGAUUUCAUAAUAAAAAAAGGUGAUAUGGAAGUUAUCGACAAUUUCCACUUUGUGUUAAAACUUGUUCAUUACGAUCAAGCGUCUGAUUUUAACACAUGGUAUUAUGAUUCAUUAACUAAUCUUGACACUCGCUUGGAAGAGUUUCAACAAAGAGGAUCGAAUGCUGCUUUAGAUAAAAUAGUAUGUUUAGAAUUAAAUAUAGCAAAAUUCGAUCCUAUGAAAGGAGGGAGUUAUAUUGCACUCCCCAAAAAAAUUAUCGAUAAAAAAGCUUGUGUCAACAUUAAAAAUAACGAUGAUUUCUGCUUUGCCUAUUGUUUAAUUGCACAUUUUAAGCAGGUAGAUGUAAAUCCUCAUAUUGUUGCAAAAUAUCUACCAGAUUUUAAUAAUUGCUGUAUAUUUGAUGAUUUUAAUCCUUUAAAUAAUAACAACCAAAAUUUGCAUCAAAUAUAUGAUUUUAGGGGUGUUGAUUUUCCUGUGAAAUUAAAAGAUAUCCCCAAAAUUGAAAAAAACAAUGACUUUUCGGUAAAUGUUUAUGGGUUAUCAGAUUCAAAUCUCGUAAAUGGUCCAUUAUAUUUUACUAAAGAGAAGAAAGAGAAACAUAUAAAUUUACUAAUGAUCAGUGAUGAUACUAAAUUUCAUUAUUGUUUAAUUAGAAAUUUAUCAAGACUCUGUUCAUCUCAAAAGUCAAAUCAUGGGAAGGCAAAAAUCUUCUGUGAUAGAUGUCUUCAGCAUUUCAAUGAGAGACAAAAAUAUAAUGAUCAUUUAGAAUUAUGUGAAAACAUUAACAAUGUAAAGAUAAUUUUUCCAUCUGAAAAAGAAUCUAAACUCAAAUUUAAAAAUUAUAACCGCAAAUUAGCUGUUCCCUUUGUUAUUUACAGUGAUUUUGAAUGUUUUCUUCCUAAAGCGAGGGAAGAUAACAAUAAUUCAAAUACCACAUAUUUCCAACAUCAUGUAGCAUACUAUGUGGCUAUCCAGGUUGUUUGUUCUUAUGACGUGAGGAAAAAUUCUUAUUAUUCAUACACUGGUCGGGAUGCAGCAAAAUGGUUUAUUGAUAAAUUAAAAGAGAUUCUAGAUGAAAUAGAAAUAAUAUAUAAAACCAUAGAACCUAUUCACAUGACACUGGAAGAUGAAAUAUCUUUCCAUUCAUCUACAGCUUGUCAUAUCUGUGAAAAACCUUUUCUAGAAGGUCAAGUUAAGGUUCGUGAUCAUUGCCAUCUAAAUUCCACAACAGUGAAUCCUUUAUCAAAUUACCGUGGUGCAGCCCAUGAGGGGUGCAAUCUUAAUUUCACUCUUCCAAAUUUUGUUCCAGUAAUAUUUCAUAAUGGUUCGCGAUAUGAUUUUAAUUUAUUUAUUCGCGAACUCGGCUAUGAUGAUGGAGAAAUUAGAGCCAUCCCCAUAAACAGUGAACGCUACAUCUCUUUUUCUAAAAAAAUGAAUUCGUUAUAUGUCAGGUUUAUAGAUUCUUGUAGAUUUAUGCAAAGCUCGCUUGAUAGUCUAGUAAAAAAUUUAGAUGAUAAUCAAUUUCAUAUUCUUGAAAAUGAAUUCGGGGAAGCUCAUCCACAUUUAGGCUUAUUAAAGCAAAAAGGAAUUUUCCCAUAUGACUAUAUUACUGGUUGGGAUAAGUUGGAAGAGAACAGUUUGCCAGAUAAAAAGCAAUUUUAUAAUCAACUCACGGAUAGUGAUAUAUCUGAUGAAGAAUAUGAACAUGCGAAAAAUGUUUGGGAAAAAUUUAACAUAAAAACUUUGGGUGAAUAUGCUGAUCUCUAUUUAAAAUGUUAUGUAUUACUUUUAACAUGUGUUUUUGAAAAUUUUCGAAAGGUUUGCUACUCUACAUACGGUCUCGAGGCAAUUUAUUAUUACACAAUACCGGGCUUAACGUUCGACGCAAUGUUAAAAGUUACUCAGGUAGAGCUGGAUUUAAUUACAGAUAUCAAUAUUCUAAAUUUUGUGGAGAAUUCUAUUCGCGGUGGCUUAACCAUUGCAGUAAAAAGAUAUGCUGAAAGUAAUAAUCCCUACAUGCAAAAUUAUAAUCCUAAUUUACCGGAAAGUUAUAUUGUUUAUUUGGAUGCAAAUAAUCUCUAUGGAUUAGCCAUGUCUCAACCUCUUCCAUUAUGUGAUUUUAAAUUUCUAUCUCCCCAAGAAAUACAGGAUUUUAAUAUUCAAACUGAUGUUAAUGGAGAGUAUGGCUAUUUAUUAGAGGUUGACAUUAACUAUCCACAUGAUUUACAUGAUAAUAACUUGGAUAAAUAUUAA